CCAUCUUCAUCUUCCAUCCCCUCUCGUCUCUCUCUAUCCUCAAAUGUCUCCUCAUCUUGCAACCCAAUCAGCAAGGAUCAUCCCUCAUUGCUCCCGUCAUCCCUCAUUGCUCCGGUCAUCCCUCAUUGCUCCGGUCAUCCCUCAUUGCUCCAGUCAUCCCUCAUUGCUCCGAUCAUCCCUCAUUGCUCCGAUCAUCUAUUACCACUCCAAUCACCAUCUACUUCUUCCCCAAACCUCCUCUCUAACAGAACCCAAAUCUGGUUCCUCACACAAUAAUAAUGACCAAUAGAUCUGAUUCAAAAAAUCAAUUCCUCUGCAAAUGUAUACCAGAUCUGUAAAGAAAAAUGUAAAAAACACAACAUCUCUUCAAUCAACACCAACAGUAACU